AUGACCGAGCCAUCUAGGCCAGAGUUUGAAAUCCUUGAUGCUCAAGGAAAAGAAUAUCAUAGGUGGGUGUCGGACGUGACUCACACGUUCGUCGGUAAACGAAACACCACCACGAUUUUCCCUUCGGAUGUUCCUAAUACUCCUCCUCCCAGUCUGGAGACCAAAGCUCAAGCCCUCAUGUUUUUGAGGCGUCAUAUCCACCCAAUUCUGAAGAAGCAGUAUUUGAAAAAAGAGGAUCCCAAGGAUUUAUGGGACGUUCUAAAGCAACGCUUCAACAAUGUACAUGACGUACAGCUCCCAGAAUUGACUGCGCGAUGGGAAACCAUUCGUUUGCUGGAUUUUGCCAAAGUUGAGGACUAUAACCAAGCUAUGUUGGACCUCCAGGCAGAGCUUAGUUUUUGUGGAGUUGAUAAAUCCGAGCAAGAUAUGAUCGAGAAGACCUUGAACACCUUUCCCUCCUCCAUGAGCUUACUUGCUCAUCAAUACCGCCUUGAGUAUGAAAACGAAAGAGUUAAGACUUUCAGUGACCUCAUGAAUAUACUUUAG